AUGGCCCCCACCCCCCAUCUCCUGGGGCUGGCCCUGGACGUCACCACCCUGGAGCCCACCGGUGGCCGCGUCCUCCAGCUGGACAAGGAAGACCACCAUGAUGGUGGCCUCCACCAACCCCCCCAAGAUGGCCACCACCAAGACCACCAUGAUGAUGGCCUCCACCAAGACCACCGUGGUGGCCACCACCAAGACCAUGAUGAUGGUGGCCACCACCAAGACCACAACGGUGGCCACCACCAAGACCACAAUGAUGGUGGCCACCACCAAGACCACCACAAUGGUGGCCACCAGCAACCCCCCCGAGCUGGCCCGGUGGCCACCUGCCUGCUCUGCCCGGACCUCCUGGGUGGUGGCCGCCUCCUCCGGUUGCCCCCCGGGGUGGGGGAGUGGAGGUCGGGCCGGCGUUGCCGUCAGAGGUCCCGGGUGGCCACGGGGUCCCAGGCGGUGGGGACGGUGGUGGCCGGGACGCAGGAGGUGGCGCGGGGGUGGCGCGUGGGGCUGGCCGUGGGGCCCGGCCCCACACGGGUGGGGGUGGCGCUGGCCGGGUCCCACUCCAGGGUGGCCCAGUUCGGGCUCCAGCGCCAGCGGGAGGAUCGUUACGACUUCGCCAGCCUGGAGAUGAGCUGCGUCUUCUACUGGUGGGGCUGCUCUUCAUCUCCUCCAGCUUCAUCUCAUCUUCUCCAUGCGGUGCGGGCCCUGCCCCCCAAGUUCACCCCGGCCACGGCGGCCGACUACGAGGAGCUGCUGGCGGCCUACGGCACCCAUUACAUCCGGGGGGCCCAGUUGGGGGGCAGGCUCCAGGCCGUCACCGCCAUCCGCUCCUGCCGGGCCGCCAUGGCCGGCGUCAGCGCCCAAGAGGUGGCCGAUUGUUUGGGGGUGGAGGUGACGGCCGGCGGCGGGGCCUGGAGGGCCACCGCCGCGGCCAACACUUGCCAAAAAGCCCGGAGGGGCAACCAAGGCAACGUCAGCUUCAACGAGGCCUUCAGCGAGCGGCUGGUGGAAGUAGAAGGAGGCCAACAACAUGGCGACCUACUCUACGGUAGGCCCGAGGCCUACACAAGAUGGCUGCAGAGCCUCCCCGCCCUCCCCGGCUUGGUGGCGGCUCAAGUGCGGCCUCUCCACACCGUCCUGCCCCACGGCGACCCACACCGAGGGGCCUUGAAGGCCGCCGUCGGCCAUUACGUCUCCCAACGGGCCUUGAGGCUCAACUGUAGCCGGGCCUGCCCCGGCGGCCAUGUCGUCGGGCCUUGUCGUUGCGGUUGUCCGGCCCACGGCGGGGUGGUGACCCCCAACUGUUGCUCGCGGCACCGUGGGGUGGCCCGUUUGAGGGUGUUGGUGGGGGGCGGNNNGGGGUGGCGGGGGGACCACUUCUCCAAAACGGACGCCUACGUCCGGGUGGUUUUUGGAGACCGAGAAGCUCGGACGCCCACGGUUUGGAACAACGACCGGCCCCGCUGGGGGUUGUGGUUGGAUUUGGGGUUGGUGGAGUUGGCCGCCCCCCAAGCGGGGGGCGCCGUGGGGCUGAAGGUGGAGGUGUGGGACGAGGACAACAAGUGGGACGACGAUUUGUUGGGGGUCUGCAGGGUGGACCUGGUGGCCGGGGGCAAGAGGGAGGUGGUGUGUUACCCCGGGGGGGGGCGGCUGGAGUGGGGCUACGAGGUCACCUGCGGCCCCUCUUUGGGGGGGCCCCUCUGCCACGACUACGUCCCCCAGAGCCCCCCCGGCGACGGGGGGUUCUACUACUUCUCCUCAAGCCUCGGAGAAGAUGGUGGUGGCCCCAUGGAGUGGCCUCGGGGUGAAGAAGAGGAGGAGGAGGAGGAAGAGGAAGAUGGCGGCCACCAGGAGGCGGAAGGGUUGGAGGGGUCUUCAAAAGGCACCGGCGGUUCCUGGGGGGAGGAAGAGUGCCACGACUACGUCCCCCAGAGCCCCCCCGGCGACGGGGGGUUCUACUACUUCUCCUCAAGCCUCGGAGAAGGUGGUGGUGGCCCCACGGAGUGGCCUCGGGGUGAAGAAGAGGAAGAGGAGGAGGAGGAAGAUGGCGGCCACCAGGAGGUGGAAGGGUUGGAGGGGUCUUCAAAAGGCACCGAUGGUUUCUGGGGGGAGGAAGAGGUUGGAGACCCCCCAGGAGAAACCACCGACGCCUUUGGGGUCCUACCAGAACCUCUGGGGGGCUUCGGGGAGGGGGGUCCGGAGGUGGGGCCAUCCUCCAGCCCCAUAGAAGGGUCUUCAGACCCACAGGAUCCAUCCUCCAGCCCCAUGGAAGGUCCCUCAGGUCUCCAAGAUCCAUCCUUGGUCUCCACGGAAGGUUCCUCAGAGGAGGAACCGUCGUUGGGCUCCAAGGAAGGGUCUUCAGACCCCCAAGAUCCACCAGCCGGCCCCAUGGAAGGGUCUUCAGACCCACAGGAUCCACCAUCCAGCCCCAUGGAAGGUCCUUCAGACCCACAAGAUCCAUCGUUGAGCUUCAGGGAAGGUCCUUCAGGUCUCCAGGAUCCAUCCUUGGUCUUCACGGAAGGUUCCUCAGAGGAGGAACCAUCAUUGGGCUCCAAGGAAGGUCCUUCAGACCCCCAAGAUGCACCAUCCAGCCCCAUAGAAGGAUCUUCAGACCCACAGGAUCCACCGUCCGGCCCCAUGGAGGUCCUUCAGGUCUCCAAGAUCCAUCCUCGGGCUCCACGGAAGGUUCCUCGGAGACGGAUCCAUCCUCCAGCCCCACGGAAGGACCUUCAGCCCCAUAGAAGGUCCCCCAGCCCCAUAGAAGAUCCCCCGGACCCAUAGGAGGUCCCCCGGACCCAUAGAGGGUCCCCGGGACCCAUAGAAGGUCCAUCUCCCCCCACCUCCAAGGAGGUUCCUUCACACUCCCCCCAAGCUCCACCCUCCCUCCCCGGGCCCCACAACUGCCGUGGGGCAGGGUGUGGGGCAGGGUGUGGG